GGCGCAAGUGCAGCGUUAAUAUUGGCCGAUCGCGUACAGGCACUUCUUUCCCAAUUGCGGUGCAAGAGCAGCGGCUGAUGAUAACAUCAUUAACACAUAUGAGAGAACGCCUGCAUCAUGCGCACCUGAGUUUCUCACUAUUACCUUUCUCAUUGCAUGGUGGAUGGCUGUUAAUGUGGCCACUUACACUGUUGCCAUCCACGCGUGCGUUGCCAACGAGGGUGUCCCCCAGCCACUAAUCUCGUUGAUCGGCUGGCCGUACGUCGCGGCCGCGGUGUGAUGCAUCGGUGUCAGACGUCGUUAAAGAGAAAGUACUACACAAACUGACGCUGCUGUAUGACAUCGUUGCGUAUAUCUUCGGUGUGUGUAUCGUCCCUCCCCUAGCAGUAAAGGUAUGCAUGCUGGAUAACCCCGAAGAGACGUGCAUGCUGAGCAUCUGCGUUUUCACGAUGGAUUGGGACGAUGUUUGCUUAUUGGGACAUCCUUUGGGGUCCUCCUGGAUCCUUGUUGGUGUAGCUUGGAGGCCACUCGGGUCGCCUUGAGGCCAUCUUGGUGGUUUUUAGCUCUCCUCGGCGUGAUGGAGCUCAGGUUGGGCCAGCUCACACGGCAUCUUUGGCAUUUUGGAGGCCACGGGGUGUAGAUGUGGAGGUUCUGGGGGCCCACGGGGUGCGUUUGGAGAUUGGGACCUGCGAGCACGACCCCACAUUCGAGGAUUUGUGGUCUCCCCAUUCGUGUGAGUGUGCCCACAUAACAGGACUUGUGAUUUCCCGGGUGGUCUGAGUGUGCUUGCGGGUGCGUGUGCUGUGUAGCCACUGUGGGCCAGACUGGUGCGCCAUCCCGGGGAGCGCGGGCGCCUUGAGCCGAUUUCAGCAGGCGCAAAGGUAUCAUCGAGUUCGACUCCACUCGCGUACGGGAGUCGCUGUGGUUUGAGCCUGACGUGCAGGUGAGGAGCAGGUGAUAGAACUAGAGUUCAUCACAGGGGCGAUGGCGGACGGUGUCAGCUUCAACCAGACGCGUUUCAACGGCGAUGGCGCCGACGGUGCGGCGGCCUACAAAGUGUGGAAGAGGUGGGCCGAGGCUGCGACAGUGGUGCAGAAAUCGAAGGGCGCUCCGGCCGAGGCGCUCGGCCCGUAGUUGUACACGUUUUUUGGACGGCCAGGCGGCGCUGGCGGUCGAGAGCGUGGACCUCGCGGAAACCAGCGUCGAGUCGGGCGAGGAGGUGGUGAUCGCGCUCCUCGUCGAGCGGUUUUCCGGAAAAGUUGCGGCGGAUCGCCUCGGAGAGGCGAAGCGCGAGGCAGCGACGGGCCAAGAGGCGAUGUGGCUGAAGGACGUGAGGCCGAUGCGCUUCCGCGGCUUCGACGACGGCGUGCAGGUGUCGAUCGGCGCUGUCGAGCUUUACUGGGUUGUCUGGGUCUGCAGGGUGACGUUCGGGGUUCACGUGGUGCCGGCUGGUUUCUUGAUGAGCAAGCCUGAUCUGAAGGCCCAAGGUGCCGCGAUCGACCGCGAGACGGACUCGAUGUGCCUGAAGCGGUUCCACAUGCCGAUGCCGUUGAAGGAGACGGCGGCAGGGCGCUGCGAGAUCAUAUUGACUUUCUGAGUCGUGAAGCGGGCCUGCUUGCAGACCCGCAUGUCGCCCGUGGACGUGCAGAGCGUGAUCGAGGUUGAUGGGGGCUCUGCCCACGCCGAUUUUCCAGUGCGGUCGGGUCGGGGCCCGCAGGCUGGAGGGUGGUGAUUGAGCUUUUCUCCCCACGGCGGAUCGUGCCAGUCGCGGUGAGGUUGGGAUUUAGAGAUGACCAGGGCUUCGACAAGGUGGCUGGGUGGGACGUGAACAGGGGCGACGGCUGCAAUGCCAUGUGGCGGCGCAUCAUCGAGGACGAGCCCUAGUUCGUGCACGUGCCCCCACGAUGCAGGAAAUUGGCGAUCAUGCAGCAGUGCAUGCCGCUGGAGCGUCGGGUGGACUUGGCGCUGCACGCGUUGCGUCAAGAACGCCAUAAUCCUUCACAAACCUUAGGACAAUCAAUCAUUUUGCGGACUGCUCAAAAGACUUGAGGACACGCCCGCUCCGUGCCCAGAGGCAUGGUGGCGAAAACCCGAGAAGAGCUCAGUGAUUUUCCCAUUGGUUGUAACGACUGUCGAUCAACUAUCUCGCAGA